ACCGCCUACUGCUGCAGCCUGCCUUCCUCCCUCCAUCCCUCCAUCCUCCCCGCUUCCCACCUCACAUCGCUCCCUCGUGUAUCCCUCCUCCUACAUCCCUCCCUCCUGCAUCUCUCCCUCCUGCAUCCUUCCUCCAGCAUCCCUCUCUCCACUCCUCCCUCCUGCAUCCCUCCCUCCUACAUCGCUCCCUCGUGUAUCCCUCCUCCAGCAUCCCUCCCUUCUGCAUCCCUCUUUCCACCCCUCCCUCCUGCAUCCCUCUUUCCACCCCUCCCUCCUGCAUCCCUCCUCCUCCAUCCCUCUCUCCACCCUUCCCUCCUCCCUCUGCCUGCGCAGAGCCGCGGACAUGGCGCUCAGCAAUUUCCUCUUCGCUCAGUGCAUCUGCUAUUUCCUGGCCUUCCUCUUCAGCUUCAUCGUGGUGGUGCCACUCUCCGAGAAUGGCAACGACUUCCACGGCCGCUGCCUGCUCUUCACCGAGGGCAUGUGGCUCAACGCCAACCUGACGGUGGAGCGGCAGCGCUUCACGGUGCAGGAGUGGGGGCCCGAGGCCGCCUGCCGCUUCAGCAUCUUCACCGGGCUCCUGUCCCUGCUGCUGGCCACAGUGCAGGCCUGGAGGACCCUCUUCUUCCUCUGCAAAGGGCACGAGGACUCUUUCUUUUACGCCUUCCUGAAUCUGCUGAUCAGCGCCUUUGUGGUGUUCAUCACAUUUAUUGCCAGCACUAUAGUGAGUGUAGGAUUUAACAUGUGGUGUGAUGCAAUUACUGAAAAAGGAAGCAUGCCAAAUAGCUGUGAAGAGUUGCAGGAUAUAGAUCUUGAGCUGAACUUGGAAAACUCUGCUUUCUAUGACCAGUUUGCUAUUGCACAGUUUGGUCUCUGGGCUGCCUGGCUGACUUGGCUGGCAAUUACCAUCCUGGCUUUCCUGAAGGUUUAUCACAACUACAGGCAGGAGGAUCUGCUAGACAGCCUGAUCCAUGAGAAGGAGCUGCUGCUAGGAAGAUCCCCUUCACGAUCCUCUUUGCAAGAUGACAAAAGUGGCAUGAUCUAAAGUGUAAGCAAAUUUCCAGGGCAGGAUCUAGAUUUUAUUAUUCAGUAAUGUGAGCUGAAGUUGAGUCAGGGUAUUGAGUGUGUGAGAUCUUUUCUUUUCCUGAAAUGAAACGUAAUUGUGAAUUACUCACUUCCCCCAUGAGAAAUUGUUGGCAGAAAUACUGAUAUUAAGAUAAAGAGAAUGAACUACCCUAUGUGCCUGUGACACAGCAAAAUUUCUGUCCUGUGCAGGCAAAAUUUGUAACCUGCCCUUGUCAGCAGAGCUCCCACGUGCCAUCGCUGGCUUUUGGGACAUUUCUGAGGACUGAGCUGGCAAGACCAGGCUACAGCAUCCAGGCUAUUUCUUCAAACCAUUCUUCAACAAUAGAUGUAACUGGAGCUGCAUUCAGUCCCUGCUCUCUCCCUCUCCUCCCUUUUGCCAGUGGAGCUGCCCCUUGUGGUGUUUUUAUCCUGGGAAGCUGCAGCUCUGGUUGGGAUGCUCUCACUGUCUCUGCUUUUGCCAUGUGUGGAUACAGUGCUGACAAACAUGUUGCUCCUGCUCUGAUUUUAUUUCAAACAUAGAGACCUAUGUUCCAGACUUGAUAUUUAAUAUUGGACAGUGUUAAUGAAUUCCAUGAAACCUGUGUAUUACUAUAGCACCUGUCAAAAACUGUGUAUAAUAUGGAAGGAUGAAGGAGAACAUUUUUGUCUGGUUGUGGCUUUGUUUCUUCUUAGAUUUUGGCAUGAGCAGCAUUUAUUAUGACUCCUGAAGUGAACUGUAGCUAGAAAUUGCUGAAGCUUGCAUACUAAGAAAUUAAGCUGAAUAGAUAGUAAUAAUGCUUGUGCAUUUAUAAAUGUAACUUGGUCCCUAACAUUGUAUACUAUUCUGUUUUGAAUAUUAGAAUUUAUUUGUGAUAUUUAUUUCAUAUAGGGUGUGCAAAAUUACUGUAAGCAUUUGCAUUGUAGGUUUCUAUAUAUAAACAUAGCAAGGAGUUCAAAGAGCUGAGUUAUUUUAUUGAUAGUUCAGUGCUGAAUGAGUCCAUUCUCCCCACUCAUGGGCAGGAGUUCCAGGGCAGAUAAAUUUUGCUGUGAAAAGGAUAAAGAAUUGCUGUUUACACAAAGCUCACUGGUGACUGUGUUGUUGCUUUCAGUUUUAUUUGGCCAGUGCUUCAACAAAUCAGGUGGAUUGUUGAGAUCAGAGGUAGCUCUGAUAAUUAAGAAGAGUCACUCAGAGGAGUGUGGGAUUUGCAUGGCAGAGAAGUAAAGCUGUGCUAGGAUUAAGCAUUUAUCCCCAGGUACCAUUGCACAGAAGGCCCCAAAUCAGCAGAAAACUUAGGCAAACAACUAAGUUUGGACUGAAGAUUUUUUUGGGAGUACACUGACACUGCCUGUGGUACCUGUGUUUGAGUUGAGACUGAAUUUAUUGUAACAGAAGUGCAAACCACACAUGAUUAUAUGACCUGGUAAAUCAGAAUGAGGGGAGAGAGGACAGCAGGCUUCUCCCACAGCAGAGCUCAAGCCUGGGGUUAGCACAACCAUGCAGAUUUACUGUUGGCUUCUAGGGACUCUCUGAUGCUUAGCUAAGUACCAACUUAAGCAUUUCAUUGCAACAGAAUUUCAUGUCAUGACAAAUCCCUCAAUUAUGAAGCAUUUUAGGGCAUAAAAUCUGACAUUGUAUUUAAGUGCCAAAAUGUUCUCAUAGGUUUAGAGAAAAAACCCUCCAUGGGCCCUAAGCAGUAAUCCAGCCCUGUGAAUAUUGCUUACAGCCCCAGCUGAACACUGCUUAUAGCCACAGCUCUCUGUAGAGAGGCCUUGUUCUUCAGCAUGAUUUCUGCCCUCAAGAGAAUGCAAUUCCUCUGAAAGCUUUGCAGCAGUGGCAUAUUUUUAUUAUUUUUUUUUGUAGUUGGGAGUUGACAUCAGAGGAGGACUCUUGGAGAGGGAAUCAGAGAUCAAGUUAAUUAUUUGCCAGUUUAAAAUUCGGAUAUCAGGACUGUCAGAGUGCCUUUUUAAAAAUUCAUUUUGUCUAAUAAUUUGGAUAUUAAGAAAAGUCUCUUCACUGAAAGGGUUGUCAAGCACUGGAACAGGCUGCCCGGGGAAGUGGUGGAGUCACCAUCCCUGGGUGUAUUUAAAGGAAAGGUGGAUGUGGUACUGAGGGACAUGUUUCAGUGCUGGCCUUUGCAGUGCCAGGUUAAUGGUUUGACUGGAUGAUCCUAGAGGUCUUUUUCAACCUAAAUUACUCUGUCUCUAGUAGGAGAUACACUCUUGUAAGUACCUGAGUCCCUUGCCAGGGAAUGUUCUUCUUCAUACCCUGAAGAAGAGCUUGGGUCUUGCAAGUUAGCCUGUUUUCCCAGUUUCCCCAGUUGCCCCAGUUUUUCCAGCUGUGAAAGACAGUCUCACUUUCACUCAGCAGUGAUGGCUCUUGCCACAAAUUACCUCCAUGCAUGCCUUACUCCUUGUGUGGAACCAUGAUGCUGCUUUGUAUAAUAUAUUUUAUGAAUAUGCCAAAUCAGACUUAAGCUGAAGUGAGGGGUGGGUUGAGACCACUGUUCCUGGUGUUUCCUGAGGGUUUGAAGAACCAUGAGACAGAAGAUAACAGGUGUCUUCUUGUGGUUCUUGCUCUGAGGUACCAAGGCCCAAACUUUGCUUCUGAAAGAGAGGAUGCUGCUUGUGGGUGAGGCUGUCUGGAGCUUGUGCUCUCUUCUACCUCUCCUGUCCCAAGGUCUUUUUCCUCCUUUCCACUUCCCUGAGGAACAGCAAAUGCUGGUCCUGGGUUUGGAGUUGCCAUGCAAAAUGGAAAGAGGCUGAAGCUCUCCUAUGAGUCCCAUGUGAAUGGGGCUGUUUUUCACAGCUUUCCCAUACCAGUCUGGUUUUCACAGCUUCCCUGCCUUCACCAGAGCUGGUACCUCCUGACAAGAUCAGUGAUGCUUAAAAGCAGAACUGUUUUUGAUGGAAGCACCUGUGUGAGUCAGAAGGCCGAGCAUGUAGUGAGAAGGCUGACCCAAAGGGAGGAAGGGUAUCUUGCAACUCCCAGUUUUUGGACACACUUGGUGUUUUUUUAUUUGCACUAAGUUUUCUGCAACAUCUUCUCCUAAAGCUUAGGCACUCAGGCCAAGCUGGUGGUGCCAAGCUGGAAAUGUGUAAGAAUUGUGGUGUAAUUUAUACACAAACACAUACCUACCUGUGUUAUAAUUUAUGCACACAUCCAUACCUACCUGUGGUAUAAUUUAUGCAUACACACAUACCUACCUGUGUUAUAAUUUGUGCACACAUCCAUACCUACCUGUGGUAUAAUUUAUGCAUACACACAUACCUACCUGUGCUCUCUCUCAUGCACUUCUCUCUUUUGUACAUUUCUGACGCCUGAUUUUAGUCACCCAUUGCCAGUCAGCAUAUCGUGGGGCUGAAUCAAAUUUUGCAUUUCUGUGACAUUUCAAUACCUUUAAUUUGCCAUGUCCAAAGGCAGGGAACACUCUAGCAAGAGUUGUAUUCAAAGAACUAGAACACUGUAUGGUACUUAUACUGUAUUUAUUUAUUUAUUGUCACAUGGUGCAAGGGGAAAAAGCUUUGUGGCCUUUCCAAGGCACUGGGCUGUUGCCACACUAUUACUCUGUUGUACCAAAUAAAUUUUCUGGCUAUCAUCUGCGGUUAAAUUCCCCACCAAUUCCCUGCCAACAGUCCUCAUUGGGCUGGGAGAAUCUGAACUAACAAGUAUCAUCUGAGCUUUUAGACUAAUGCUGUUUCUUAUUAUUUUUUAUAAUGGAGAAACAAUUGGAGCCAUCUUUUGGAACAGAACUUCCUCAUGAGUGCAUUCAUGCUCAAAACAUCUUAUACCACUAACUCAUGAGGCAUCUUUGAGCUGGGAAAUUUCAGUGGGAAUCACAAAAAUAAGAGCAUGAUGAUUUACUGUAAAAACUGCAGGACACAUUUGUACUAUAUCAGUGAUUCUAUGGCCCCUUAAAAAAGGAGGUGUUAUAAAAACCAGUGAUGAAUGAUUGAGUGUACAGACCUUGUCAUGAAAGCAUUCUCAGUGUGUGUACAAUGUACACAGAUAAAUGCCAGUUCCACUGCUCUUCUGUGAUGUGGAUACAAGUUCUUCUCUGAACAAGCAGCUUUGGCUGGACUAGUUGUUAGAAUGCCUUAAAUUUCUACAUUUCCUUUUACUCAGCACUGGGACUUGUGCAAUGACAAUGAAAAAGAUGACAAUAGUUAUUAUGAUACCCAGAGGUGGAAUUGAUGUGGGCAGAGUAGGAGAGCACUGGCCAAUGCAUAACCUGCCAAAGGCUGAGAUGAGUUUCUAAUGCAGGUUUGCAGGUGUUUUAAUUCUUCCCUUUUAUCUGAAUAACAUCCUGCUGCUAGUCUAAAUUAGUCCAGGUGGGAACAAAGUCAGAUUUCCCUUCAAGGCCUUCACUCCCCAGCAUGGAACAUUGCUGAUUUAACCUGUGUAGUGUUCAGGAUGGAAGCAGAGUUGCAAGGAAGAGGAGCUGACACUUCACAGUCAUGUUGCACACAAACCUGGUAUUGGGUAUAUGUGGGUUUUGUCAUCUCCCUUUUUCAAAGCCUUCUCAAACAUAUUGUAUGUAAAAUCACUUUUACCAUUUAAAUUAUAACUUUAGCAAAAAUUCAGGCAGUAAUUUAUACUGGAAAGACUGUCAGUACCUUGUGAAAAACCAAUCUGGAUUAUGGCAAAAUUUUGGGUUUUUUUCUGUAUCAAUGGCCUGAGUAUCCUUGAGUGAAUGAGCAUCCUGGCUGUGUCCAGAUCCUAAAUCUGUGCCUCAGAUCAUUUCCUUUGCUGAUGGAAAGAGCCCAUUUUUAUCUCUUGGAAUCUUUGCUUAGGAGACCACAAAUAUCCUUUCCUUCUGGUUAGGCAAUCUGGGAAAAGAGGAAGGCUUUACCUGUAGUGACAAAAUACUCAUGUAACUUCUUAAGCACAGAAAUUUUUUUCAGACUAUUUCUGUUCAUGGCACUAGUGCCUUGAAUUACAUAUUUCUAUUUUUGUCCUCCAUAAGAAGGAGGAAAACUAUCCUGAGUUGUAUUUUAGUACUCACAUACAUGCACCUAAAUGUUUGAUUUUUUUAAAUGACAAAAUUCAACCCUGUGAUUUAUGAAGUUAAGAACUGCACAGAAAACAGGACUUUGAUGCUCUCUUGAUGUAGAAGGGAACUGCACUCUCUCAGAAAAACUAUCUUUGUUUCUGAACAAACAGGAGGUUAGAACUAGAAUUUACUUAAGAUAUUGUAAAUACUGCUUUAUUUCAGUGCAGGUACUUUAUGAAUAAUGUCUUUGCAUCCUGUUGUUGGGAAGAGUAUUAGCAUAGCCAUGCUUUCUCUUUAGUUUUUUUUUUUUGUCCAUGCCAAAGAGUGUAAUUGAACUGCUAUUGCAAACAUAAAUUAAUGUGAAUGUAUGCACCCCAGUGCUUAAAGGUCUCUACCUCUCACAGCUACUGAAACUGCUUGAAAAAAAAGAAAAAAAACCCUGAAUCCAUGUGAGAGUUUAAAUCCUAUUUCCAUAGACAGCUAAAGGAUUUAGGAUUUCAUGCUUAUUAGCUUGCUGUAAAAUCCUCAUUGCUAAAAACCAGGCAUAAGUACCUGAGAAGUGCUUGUGAAUAGCACUUUGCAUUGGUCAAAUAAUGAUAUAAUUUUAGUUUGGGAUUUUUUAAUUUUUUUUUUCUCACCAAAAUAAAAAGACAUCAACAGCAAUUUGUUAGAUGUGACAGGCUAUCCUUGAUCCCCCUUGAAUCCUCCUGCUGGAGCUCUUCUACUUGGAAUGAAAUUCCUAAAUAACAAUUAUUUAAAGUGCUGGCUCUGGUGUUUAUCAGGGAGAUAAACUACUUGGAAGCAAGAGCUGCUCACUGAAAUAGCUGGAAUUAUUUGUAUGUGGUGGAAACCCAACGUGAGAAGGUUUUGUUCCCCCUUGCCACUUGACUGUGUUGUAAAGUGAGGGUUGAGCCAACCUGCCAGGAGGUGAGAAUGAUGAUUUGUAAGUACUGUUGGCAUCUUGGAUGAUUUCUCACACAAGUGGGUAAACUGUCCUGAGACUAAACUACUCUUUAUCUCCUCCUUAUUUUCUCCUUGUUUCCCCCUAGAUUUGGGCAAAUUUGACUCCACUGUGGAUACAGACUCUGAAGUGUAUUUAUGAAUGUGAGAAAAAUCGCAGUCUCUGUGGAAAAUUUUGUCAAAAAAUUAAGAAAAGCAGUCAAGGAUUUUCCCUGUUCUCAUUCAACCUCUCUGGAUUGUGCCACUGAACCCUUCCCUUUACAUAAGCCAGGCCUGAUUUGGGUGGUGUGUUGCCUUGGGAGGUGUCCAAGGCUGGUGCCACCAGUCUCUCCAGGAACCUGGUGGAAUUAAAUGAGUGCUAUGUUAAACCAUAAAAAAACUGUUUGAAAACUGUCAUGGUAUCCCACAUUACACAGUCCAGACCUCUUCAGCCCAUCUCUCCUGCAGCAGAGAGAAUUUCUUCUCCCAAUUAACACUGAAAUCCAGCAGUCUGUGUCUGAAACACAGCACAUCUUCCUGGAACACGCAGGAUCUGGGUUGCAUCAGUGAAUCCAUUCUAUUUUCUAGGCUGCUGCAACACUUUUAGCCAUGGUUAUUGAAACAGGGUUCAGCAUUUGCCUUCAUAAGCUUCUGGCAGCCUCCUUAUUAAACCCCAUUCUUUGAGAGCAGCAGGCAGCCCCUUUGCUCUGGGGUGCUGAGAAAUUUUGUACUCAACAGAAUCCUUCUGGGGGGCACCACUCCACUGGGGUCCACAGCCAGUGCACACUGAUGGCAUCAGAGCAACUCUGGUCAAACACACUCUAAUUAAAACAGCCCAAGCUACACAACUGAGGAAUCAAUAUAUGAUGAUCUGAAGUACACUCCAGAGAGGUUUUUGAAUGUUUAUAACCAAAAUAAAAAUAACAAAACACCCCAACAGUUCCACUGAACUUUCCUCCCUCUGCAUCCUUAAAUCUUCAAAAACAUUUCUGCAAACUUCAGAGAGGAUUUUAUUGCUAUCAAGCUGAUUGGGUCUUGUCUCUCACAUCCCUUCCUAACAGAGGUAUGACACGACAGUGGCAUCAGUCUGUACAGUGCAUUUCCUGUGAGGGAUUUCAGCUUUUGGGCUGUGACAGGAGGGAGUGGUAUUGACACUUUUUUCAGCCUCUGCUUGGCCUGCUCAGCCCCUACCUGCUUGUGUGGCCUCACAAACUGCAGAGCAUCCUCUUGAAGCAUGUGCUGACCUUAAGUCAGCUUCUGGAGAGAGCCAGCUGUGCCAGCUGUGCAGGUAUCUGGUGUGAAGGUGCUGACAUUGCCACCAGGUUUGGAGGAAAGCAGAUCCAGAUACCCUGCUGCCCUUUGUCCAGUGCAGCUCGUGAUUUGCACAGGGAAGCGCUGACGGUUCCCAAAUCUCUGUAGAGUUGGCAUUUGUGAGGACAGCUCAUUAGCUCCCAUAAUUUUAAAAGGUUUAGUGGUUUUGUGUGUACCACCUGCAAAGAUCUGAAGCAGAUCUUUCUUGCUUGUAAGUCAGUUCAGAGCCUGAAAGCAUUUCAGCCUCUCUGAAAUAUGCAUCCUCUGAUGUAUGAACUCAAGAGCUCCUGUCUCUUACAGCCACCUGGGAAAAGCUUUGUAAGAGUCUAGAUGAUCCAAUUUUAAAUGUUUAAAUUUUUUUUUUAAUGCUGCUUAAGAAGUUCCUACAGUGGGUAUUUGGGGAGAAAACAGAACACUUUUUCAUAAUUUGUUUAACCACUGAAAGCAGUUGAGGAGCAGAUCCCUCACCAGUGUACAUAGAUUAUCCUGUGAGCAGCUACACCAGUCCACAGAAGCUGAGGGUAGAGCCUGGCCUGUUUUGAAUAUUAUCUCUAUUUGUAUGGUGUUUUGCAGUGUAAUGACUGCUUUAAUUGCAUGUGUUUGACAAAACCAGAAAGGGAGUGAGGUUUAUUAUUGUUUUGAUACAGUCUCAAAAGGGAAGCUUUUUACUAGCAUUUUAAUACAGCCCUUUGUAAACACCCAGCAAAGAAAAAUACUGAAUCCAAUCCUUCUGCUAGUGCAGUCACUGAGUUUCCUGUGGCUUUAGUAGGAGCUGGGCUGGGUUCAGUGUAUGUGGUACUCUCCAGCAUUACUGAUGAUGAGUUAAUGUGUUUUAUAUAUUGAUGCUUUUUGCUGAACAGUGCAUCGGCUUUUUAUGAUUUGGUGAAAUAUAAAAAUAAAUUAUUUGAAAAUUCA